AUGAGCACGUCUUGCUGGCUGGCGUGUGUGGCCUUUUCUGUCUUCUGUGUUUUAAAAGCUAGCUCUCUGGAUACUUUUGUUGCCGCUGUUUAUGAGCACGCUGUGAUCCUGCCUGCUGUCACCCUGUCACCCGUAUCUCACAGUAAGGCACUGGCUUUAAUGAACCAGAAUUUGGAUAUUCUGGAAGGAGCAGUUAUAUCAGCAGCAAAGCAGGGUGCACACAUUAUCGUGACUCCAGAAGAUGGUAUAUAUGGUAUACGUUUCACCAGGGAUACUAUCUACCCGUACUUGGAGGAUAUCCCAGACCCUCAAGUAAACUGGAUCCCCUGCGAUAACCCAGACAGAUUUGGCUCUACCCCGGUACAGGAAAGACUCAGCUGCUUGGCCAAAAACAACUCGAUCUAUGUUGUGGCAAAUAUGGGCGACAAGAAGCCAUGCAACACUAGUGACGCUCAGUGUCCUCCUGAUGGCCGUUUCCAAUACAACACUGAUGUGGUGUUUGAUUCCCAGGGCAAACUGGUCGCACGAUACCAUAAGCAAAACCUUUUCAUGGGAGAAGAACAAUUCAAUGCACCCAUGGAGCCGGAGUUCGUGACUUUCAACACCCCGUUUGGAAAGUUUGGCAUCUUCACAUGCUUCGAUAUUCUCUUUCAUGACCCCGCUGUCACUUUGGUGACAGAGUUCCAGGUGGACACCAUACUGUUCCCAACUGCCUGGAUGGACGUUCUGCCUCAUUUGGCAGCCACUGAAUUUCACUCAGCCUGGGCUAUGGGCAUGGGGGUCAAUUUCCUUGCAGCCAAUCUACACAGUCCCUCAAGGAGAAUGACAGGAAGUGGUAUCUAUGCACCCGACUCUCCUAGAGCCUUCCACUAUGAUAGAAAGACCAACGAGGGAAAACUUCUUCUCGCACGGCUGGAUUCCCACCCGCGCCACUCCGCAGUAAACUGGACUUCCCAUGCCAGCAGCGUAGAAGCACCCCCAAAAGACAACCAGGAAUUUCAGAGCAUUGUCUUUUUUGAUGAGUUUACCUUUGUGGAGCUCAUGGAAGUCACAGGAAAUUACAGUGUUUGCCAGAACGACCUCUGCUGUCAUCUAAGCUACCGGAUGUCUGAGAAGCGAGCUGAUGAAGUUUACGCCCUUGGGGCAUUCGAUGGGUUGCACACGGUGGAAGGGCAGUAUCACCUGCAGAUUUGCAUUCUGCUGAAGUGUAAAACUACCCACUUACGUACCUGCGGUAGUUCAGUGGACACAGCUUCCACCAGGUUUGAAAUGUUCUCCCUCAGUGGCACAUUUGGGACCCUGUAUGUCUUCCCUGAGGUGUUGCUGAGUGGAGUCAAGCUUGCACCUGGGGAAUUUCAGGUAUCAAGUGAUGGGCGCUUGUUUAGCCUGAAGCCAACGUCAGGACCUGUGUUAACAGUCUGUCUGUUCGGGAGGUUGUAUGAGAAAGACUGUGCAUCGAACGCUUCGCCAUACCUCAUAGCACACUCACUGAUAAUCGUGCUGAUUGCCGCACCUGUCCUACAUUACUUGUGUUGA